AGGAGGUGAUUAAAACUCUGAAAGAGCUGAAGCGUCACCUGCCUGCUGACAAGAGACACAAUAACAAGUCGACCACGCUGAACACCCUGAAGUAUGCACUUCGCUGUGUGAAACAGGUGGAAGCCAAUGAGGAGUAUUACCAGCUCCUGAUGAUCAAUGACAGUCAGCCUCCAGGCCUGGAUGUGUCUUCAUACACAAUAGAGGAGAUCGAUAGCAUCACCUCUGAGUACACUCUCAAAAACAAUGAUAUGUUUGCAGUUGCUGUGUCUCUUAUCACUGGAAGGAUAGUCUACAUUUCUGACCAGGCUGCCUCCAUCCUCAACUGUAAAAGAGAUGUGUUCAGAAACACCAAGUUUGUGGAGUUUCUUACACCGCAGGAUGUCAGCGUCUUUUACAGCUUCACGACGCCUUAUCGCCUGCCCUCCUGGAGCAUGUGCACUGGAGCAGAGUCGUCCCCGCCUGACUGCAUACAGGAGAAGUCCUUUUUCUGUCGUAUCAGCGGUGGUAAGGAGUGUGAGGGUGACCUGCAGUACUAUCCAUUCCGCAUGACGCCUUACCUGAUGAAGGUCCAGGACACAGUGCACACUGAAGACCAGUUCUGCUGCCUCCUUCUGGCUGAGAGGGUCCACUCUGGCUAUGAUGCACCCAGAAUUCCAACAGACAAGCGGAUCUUCACCACCACUCACUCUCCAAACUGUGUGUUCCAGGAUGUGGAUGAGAGGGCAGUACCUCUUCUUGGGUACCUCCCACAGGACCUGAUUGGCACCCCAGUCCUCUGCCACCUGCAUCCCAGUGACCGCCCGAUCAUGCUGGCUAUUCACAGAAAGAUCCUCCAGUGCGCAGGCCAACCGUUUGACCACUCGUCCAUCAGGUUCUGUGCAAGAAAUGGAGAGUACAUCAUCUUAGACACCAGCUGGUCCAGUUUUGUCAAUCCUUGGAGCCGCAAGGUCUCCUUUGUUAUUGGGAGACACAAAGUCCGCAUGGGCCCCGUGAAUGAAGACAUUUUUAUGGGCCCAGUCUCAGGCAUCAGAGAGGUGAAGACCAUGGACUCUGACGUCCAGGAGAUUACUGAGCAGAUCCAUCGGCUCCUGCUACAGCCUGUUCAUAACAGUGGGUCCAGUGGCUAUGGUAGUCUGCACAGCAACGACCACUUUCUUGACAUAGGCUCCUCUAACGAGAGCCUGUCGUACAGCAAGAUGCAUCAAGAGGAAGAGGACAUGAGGGGCAAAGCCAGACCUCGAACUUUUCAAGAAAUCUGCAAGGGAAUUCAUCUUCAGAAGAGAGAAGAGCAGCAGACGGCAAAGCCAGACAACAAAAAAAGCAAUGGCAAGUCUGUACAGAAGAAGAGCCAAGCCGUGGUGCGACCCAAAGACUCGGCUGCUCCUGUUAACUGGAAGGAGGCGGGAUCAGCUAUGGAGGAGAGCAGAGCCUCUUUCCAGGAGGACCUGGCCUUCAAUGAUCAGACUGUAUACUCCUACCAGCAGAUCAGCUGCCUGGACAGUGUUAUCAGGUACUUGGAGAGCUGUAAUGUUCCCAUCACCAUGAAAAGGAAAUGCCAGUCUCUCUCUAACACCACGUCCUCAAACUCUGAUGAGGACAAACAGAAGGGAUCCAGCAGCAUGCAGGUGUCUAAUGAAUCAUCCUUGUUGAAGGAUCAGUCUGGUCUCUCUGCUUUGGAUGAUCAAGAUAAAAAGUCCACUGACGCAGCCACAGCGGUAGUGGGCACUUCGCGGCCCCUACCUGUACCAAACAAACCAGAAAGUGUGGUGUCCAUAACCAGCCAGUGUAGCUACAGUAGCACCAUAGUGCAUGUUGGGGACAAGAAACCUCAACCCGAGUCAGAGAUCAUAGAGGACGUACCGGGCGCAGGGGAAGUGGCCGAAUCCAGCCAGAACCUUGCGGCUCCUCCGUGUGCAUUUUCACCUCCCAGUCAGGAGAGAGAGUGCUACAAGAAGCUGGGGUUGACCAAGCAGGUUUUGGCAGCACAUACGCAGAAGGAGGAGCAGGCCUUUCUGUGUCACUUCAGAGAGCUUCGUAGACUCUCCCCCCUCGAAGCAAACUGCUCCGAGUACCUGGAGCGUCAGAAAGAACAGAUCGGCAGCGAUGUUGCACCUGCUGUUCGACCCAAACAGGGUGGAGCGUUUGCAGAGCCAACCACACGGAGAAGCACGCGGAAUAAGAAGACCAAAUCAAAGCGUGCUAAACAGGUCGAGUCCUCCGACAGCACAGUGUCCCAUCAAGGACCACAGCUGCAGCGGCCUUCUUUUCCAAACUACAGCCUUAACCAGACAUCUUGGUCUCCCUCUGAGGCAACGCAGACUGCUUUUCCCAUGGCCUACCCUACCGUGAUGCCAGGCUACCCUCUCCAGGUUUACCCCAGAGCUGAGUCCAUAGCUCCACGGACAGAUACCACUACACAAAACUUUAGGGACAGCCAGGGUGCUCAAGCCACUCCUGGCCCCUCAUCCAUCCAUUCUGCUCCCUACACCUCCCCCAUGGUCACCCCCAUUGUGGCUCUAGUACUCCCUAACUACCUGUACCCUGUAAUGGGCCCCGGUCCUCCACCACAGCAGCCAGUGUACCAAGCAGAGACUGGGGUCUUCCCCACCCAACCAUUGCCUUUUGCUCAGGCUGCCUUUCCAUUCCCACCUUCCUUCAGCGGUCAGACUCAGUUCAACAUUCAGACCAAUUUUACUCCUCCUCAAGCAGCAGGCAGCUCAACUCCAUCAUUCUGCUUCCCACCAUCCUCGGAAAUCCCUAAGCCUUCCGUUGAAGGACAGUCUCGGUCCUCAACGCCACAGUCUGGAGGAGCUGAAGGCCAGGCCUCCCCUCGCUUAUUCCAGUCACGCUGCAGCUCACCCCUUAACCUGCUGGAGCUGGAACUGAACGUCGACAGGCAGGACGGUGCGAUGCUCCCCUCUGGAGGACGAGGAAAUACUGCAGCUGAGAGGGAGCAAAAAGCAAGUGCCAGCCAGCCUAAGGAGAGGGAACUGAAUCAGCCAUCUCUCAGUCUCCUUGGUCCUCCAGGACCGUUGUAUUUCGGGGGUACAGCCUGUUUCUGUGAGCGUUUGUCUUGGGAUAAAGUGUGCUCUAGGCUGAGUGCUUUCAGCAACGAGACAAGCUCGCAAUGUGACGCUAACAACAGUGAUGCCAACUCUUCAUCCAGUGACAUGCUGAACAUUAUCCUCCAAGAGGACUCCUUUUCGGGCACCGGCUCAGCCACCUCAGGGUCCAUGGGCUACAGAACUUCAGCCAGCGGCACUUCGAAUAGCGGGACGUCUGAGGGCAGGACGUCAGCCAGCGGAGUCUCAGAAAGCACCAACAGUAGCAAAUACUUUGGCAGUGUGGACUCAUCGGUGCACAGCCAGAAGGUCAAAGGUCAUAUGAGCGGCAGAGAUGGAAGACACGGCAGAAUGGAGCAGAGCGACCAUAUCACAAAUGAUAUUGAAAAGGUGCUGAGAGAAGACAAAGAGAAACUGAGGCUGCUGCAGAAGAGCCAACCGCGCUUCUCUGAAGAGCAGAAGAAGGAGCUGAUCGAGGUUCACCCCUGGAUCAAGAAGGGAGGUUUACCCAAAGCCAUAGAUAUCAAGAUGUGCUCCUGCUGUGAUGACGCCUUAGAGGCAGCGACGGCGGUACAGGAUCAGCCGUACCAAGACCUCGAUGAAUCUGAGACCGCCGAAAUAUCCUGCCACGGCUCUCCUUCGGCCUCCGACUCUCAAACACAGACGGCGGCACAAUAAGCUUCUCAAAGUGUCCAGAGUGACUUUGUUAGCCACUGGCUUGCAGCCUUUGAAGAGGGACCAGUUUUAAAUGUGCUCUUACUGUUUCUCUCUUGCUGUUCUGUGAGUUAUUCCUGUGUAGGUGCCAGCAAGAAAACUGGAUAAAACAGUCCAGAUUUUUGUAGAAUGUGAACAUGUGUAGUAGAUUAAUUACAUUAUAUUUUAAUCUACUUUUUAAUUGUUCACUAUGUUGUUGCUUGAGGAAUUGCUGGUCUCUAAGACUGCACCUGUUUGUUGCGUCAUCCCUUUUGUAGCAUGUUGCCAUGUGUGGCUCUUAAUGGUUUUUAUAUAGACUUGAUUACCAGAUGCUGAGCCCAAUAAAGGGAAAGAGAAAGUGUGCCCGCACGCCAGGCACCACCACAGAGGUCAAACAAACAUCAGUCAGCUGGGGGCUGCUCUUGGUGGCUCUGUGGUGUUUGAUGAAUUCAGUAUUUCGUGGCGUUUCCCGAGUUGCAACGGCACUUCUGUCAUUCAUACACAUCAGACACCAAAUGAGCACAAGUGCACUUUGUGUGUUGGAUAAAGAACAUAAAUGAGACUCCUGUGGGUCUGAUAUUCAUUCUGCUGAUGCCUGUAGUCAAUUGGGGGAUCUCAGCUGUUAAACAUAGAGGGAAAAGAUGUCCAAUGUUGUACAAGCAUUGCUGAUCAAGUGAUGGAGUUGAUUUAAGCUUGCACUGAGUUGGGGGUGAGGGUGUGAGGCACAUAUGCUACACUGAUUCACAUAAUGUCAUACUUUUAAAAAAAUCUCAUUUCAAAAUUUGUACACUUGUCAUUUGGUGACACAUUACUAAAAGCAGCUCUAGAUAUUUUUUUUUCAUUCAGCAGAUUUCCUUUCACCUGUUUCUGGUGAAAUGCAGCAUUUUUGUUUUUCAGCUGUGACACUCACUUAAAAAAAAAAAAAAAAAAAACUUUAACGUAUUUCAAAGCUUGUGUUGGUGUUUGCAACACUCUGACUCUAGGCAUAUGUAUAGGCUAUAUUUUUACAUAAAAUAACUGAUAACUGUUUCUCUAUAAAUGAGUCAAUGUGUUUUUAAGUUAUGGUAUUUAAAAAAAAAAGUUUAAAAAGCAAACUGGACCAAAAGAAUUAAUAUUAUUUAUUAUAAGCUCUAUUUUGAAAAUGUGAAUUGCAUAAUCAACACUAGGAAAGCCGCUCAUCACAAACUGAAAAGUACCGAGCUGCAUGUUUAGGGUGGGUGGUUAUUGUAAAGAGAUUAUUGUGGUUUUCCCCAGUUUUGAAGUGUGCUGCAUGACGCUCGACGUGGUCUGAUGUUGCAAUCAUAAACAAGGAGAGGAACAUCCUGAACAGACUGAAGCUCGUUACUGUUCAGAACAAACACUUCAGGCUGACUUUAGGUUUCACUGUUAUAAAGCAGCUCGGACGUCAGGUGGCUGAAGAGUUUUUUCACUUUGAAGCCCAUGCUGUUGUUUUGAGUCUCUUUGUUUGGUCUCUUUUUUGGGGGGGGUGGUCUUAAAACAGACACUGACAUACACAUUUUUAUUUUUGUUUUUCUUAUUUUUUAAAGG